AUGGUUGCAAUGCCUCCAGGUAGCUUAUCGGUCGUCGUCAUCGGCGGUGGCAUCGGCGGAUUGGCAUCCGCCAUUGCAAUGAGGAAGGCCGGGCACAAAGUUUUCGAGAAGUACGGCUUGUCGGGUGAAGUUGGAGCUGCCGUUGGACUCGGGUCAAACUCGCUGGAAUACUUGCAAAGUCUCGGCUUUGAUAAUGCCAGAGCAAAGGUCCUCGAUGGAAGGACAUUGGAGUUGCUGCAAGUCCUGCACGUAGAGAAGUCCAUAGGCGGCACAUUCUAUCGACCUGACCUGCACCAGGAGUUGAGGCGUGUGGCGGAGUCGCCGCCGUCGAGCAGCGGUGGUGGUGGCGGCGACGCCCCGGACCUGCCGUGCCGCCUCUUCGAAUAUACAGAGGUAGUCAGCAUCGAGCCGGAGCAGGGCAUUGUCCACCUGGCCGACGGCUCGCAAGCCGGGGCAGACCUCAUCAUCGCCGCCGACGGCGUCCACUCGUCCGCGAUGACCGUCAUCCUCGGCGAGCCCUCGCCAGCCCUGCGGAGCAGCACCACGGCCGUCCGCGCCGUGAUCCCCGUGGCCAAACUGCAGCAGAACCCCUUCGGACGCGUCAUGGCCGAAGUCCCCGGCCGGAGCACAUUCAGCGUGGCGCCCGACCGCAAGCGGUACCUGCUGGGGUACUGGUGCCAUGGCUUCGAGUACCUCAACCUCGUCCUCUACGCGCUCGAGGAUAUACCGGGGAUGGUGAUCCACACGAUGCGCGGUGAGACGACCUUGGAGCUUCUGGCGGCUGCCCUUAGCGAGUUCCAUCCUGACCUCGGGACGGUCUGUGACCAUUUGCUGGACGUUCUGCCGCUGUGGCGACUUUAUACGCGACCACCUGCUGCCCGAUAUAGCCGCGGCCGUCUUGUCGCCAUUGGUGACGCAGCGCAUGCCAUGCUAUCGGCGCAAAGCAUCGGCUGA